GUAUUCAAUUCAGAAACAGAGACACUGCUUCUGCAGCCAACUUCUCUCUCUAGAAAAUUUCACACCUUCAGCCUUCAGCUUCACAGCUCUCUCUCUCUCUCUCUCUCUCUCUCUCUCUCCAUUCUCAGUCUCCAAACUUCAAUACGAGAGAAUAUAUACAUACGCAUAAAACAUAUUCAUAUAUUCGUCACACCUGGCAGCAAUUACCGGGGCUUCGGGACUCUGUAUCUACAGGUGUUCGAUCCCUCUUAUCCCAAAACGCAGCACCGUUGCCGAUCUUAUAACAUCAGGUGCACGGCUUGAUCGUCCCGCAACACUUUGGUCUCUUUUACUACUUGUGUUUUGAGGAUUUAUCAAGUCCUGGGAUUGGAUCAAAGUCAAUUUUGAUCAUAAUUUUGUUCCGUAUAGUUCAAAGCUUUUGCGUAUAUAUGUUUGCGCACUGGGGUGUAUCUAUACGUAUGUGUAUCUACGGGCUGUGGGAUGUGAGUAGUGGGUUAUAGGAUUUUGGAUUGAGUUUGGGCGAGGGGUUUAACAGUGUGUGUGUGUGAACACACGCAUAUGUAUAUAUACACAUAUAUGCCUGUAUAAAUAUAGGUUUUGGAGUGAAAAUGGUUAGUGGCAACUUGUUUCACUGUAGAAAGAACUCGUGGCCUCCAGAGGAAUACAUCACUCGUGCCACUUUGCAUCUGUUUGAGUCUGACAGUGCAGCCCCACCAUCUGAAGCCUGGAGAAGGAAAUUAAACACCCAUGCCAGUAUUCUUAAAGAAUUUAGUGUUACGUUUACUGAAGCGAUAAAAAUGAUUCGACUUGGUAUACGUUUAUGGUCAUAUGUAAGAGAAGAGGCCUCCCAUGGAAGGAAAGCACCAAUUGACCCUUUCACCCGAGAACGUUGCAGGCCAUCAGCUUCCCAGGGUGUUCCGCUUGGAGGCAUGGGGAGUGGCAGCAUAUCUAGAGGUUUUAGAGGCGAGUUUAGGCAUUUUCAAAUUCUCCCUGCAGCGUGUGAGACUUCUCCUGUCAUGGCCAAUCAAUUUUCAAUUUUCAUAUCUCGAGAUGGAGGAAACAAGAAGUAUGCAUCAGUUCUAUCACCAGGCCAACAUGAAGGGUUAGGGAAGCCUUGUGAUCAUGGUAUAUCUUCGUGGGGCUGGAAUCUGAGUGGUCAACACUCUACAUACCAUGCAUUGUUUCCUAGGGCUUGGACCGUCUAUGAUGGCGAACCGGAUCCAGAACUUAAAGUGUCUUGUCGGCAGAUUUCACCAUUUAUUCCACACAAUUACAGAGAGAGCAGUCUUCCCACAGCUGUUUUUGUUUACACUUUGGUGAACACUGGGAAGGAAAGGGCAAAAGUCAGCCUCCUUUUUACAUGGGCGAACUCAAUUGGCGGUGUCUCCCACCUUUCAGGAGAUCAUGUUAAUGAACCAUUUGUAGGUGAAGAUGGAGUCUCCGGCGUACUCCUACAUCACAAGACCGCAAAAGGCAAUCCUCCUGUUACAUUUGCUAUUGCUGCAUGUGAGACUCAGAAUGUGAGCGUUACUGUGCUACCAUGUUUCGGUUUGACUGAAGGAAGUUGCAUAACUGCUAAAGAUAUGUGGGGUAAAAUGGCACAGGAUGGGCAUUUUGAUCGAGAGAACUUCAGCAAGGGUCCAAGCAUAGCAUCAUCACCUGGAGAGACACACUGUGCUGCAGUUUCUGCUUCGACCUGGGUUGAACCCCAUGGGAAAUGCACUGUCGCAUUUUCUGUAGCAUGGUCAUCUCCUCAAGUAAAAUUCAUGAAAGGAAAAUCAUAUUUUAGGAGGUAUACAAAAUACUAUGGUACCUCAGAAAAGGCUGCUAAAGAUAUAGUACAUGAUGCAUUGACAAAUUAUAAGCUAUGGGAAGAAGAGAUUGAGAAAUGGCAGUAUCCUAUACUUAAGGAUCCAAAGCUUCCAGAAUGGUACAAGUUUACACUUUUUAAUGAGCUAUACUUUUUGGUGGCUGGUGGGACCGUAUGGAUUGAUUCAGAACAUAGACAACAUAAGCAAAGAUCUGUACAAAGCAAUGAGGUCAAUUUAACUGAAACAGAAGAAGAAAGCAAUGAAGGCAAUGCAACUGAAACAGAAGAAGAAAGCAUUGAAGUCAAUGUAACUGAAACAGACGAAGGAAGCAAUGAAGUUAACGUAACUGAAACAGAAGAAGAUCUGAUGAAUAAUGCCCACGUUGAACAGACUGCAUGUAAUGGUUAUAAAGGUGGUAGCCGUUUUGCUACUUCCUCAAAUAAGUGGUUGGGGCCAGGGAAUGAUGAGGAUGAGGAUGAGGAUGUUGGUAAGUUUCUAUACUUGGAAGGUAUAGAAUAUAUUAUGUGGUGCACGUAUGAUGUUCACUUCUAUGCAUCAUUUGCCCUUCUUGCACUUUUUCCAAAAAUUGAGCUCAGUAUACAGCGUGAGUUUGCGAGAGCUGUCCUAUGUGAAGAUAGAAGAAAAGUUCGGUUUCUAGCUGAGGGAAAUUGUGGAAUCCGAAAGGUCAAAGGAGCUAUACCUCACGAUCUUGGAACUCAUGACCCGUGGCAUGAAAUGAAUGCAUAUAACAUACAUGAUACUAGUACAUGGAAGGAUCUCAAUCCAAAGUUUGUGCUUCAGGUGUAUAGAGACUUUGCUGCGACAGGAGACUAUUCUUUCGGAACUGAUGUUUGGCCUGCUGUAUGCGCUGCAAUCGAGUAUAUGGACCAAUUUGAUCGAGACAACGAUUGUCUUAUUGAAAACGAUGGAUUUCCAGAUCAAACAUAUGAUGCUUGGACGGUUCAUGGAAUAAGUGCUUAUUGCGGUUGUUUAUGGCUUGCUGCACUUCAAGCUGCUGCAUCAAUGGCUAUGCAACUUGGUGACAUAGCUUUUGCAGAAAAGUGCAAAGGCAAAUUUGUGAAGGCUAAGGCAGUCUUUGAAACAAAGCUGUGGAAUGGCUCUUACUUUAACUAUGACAGUGGGUCUAGCAGUAACAGUAAAUCAAUCCAAGCUGAUCAACUAGCAGGACAAUGGUAUAUGGCAUCUUCAGGCUUGCCUGAUCUUUUUGACAGUGCAAAGAUCCAAAGCACCCUUCAAAAAAUAUAUGACUUCAAUGUCAUGAAAGUUCAAGGAGGGAGGAUGGGUGCAGUAAAUGGAAUGCAUCCUAAUGGGAAGGUGGAUGAGACUUGCAUGCAGUCCCGUGAAAUUUGGACUGGGGUCACCUAUGGUGUUGCCGCCACCAUGAUUCAUGCUGGGAUGGAGGAGCAGGCCUUCACAACGGCUGAAGGUAUAUUUAUUGCAGGCUGGUCUGAGGAGGGUUUUGGUUACUCGUUUCAAACCCCGGAAGGAUGGACUAUGGAUGGGCACUUUCGGUCUCUGGUGUACAUGAGACCACUUUCGAUUUGGGGUAUGCAGUGGGCUCUAUCAAUGCCCAAAGCUAUUGUGGAAGCACCUAGGAUCAAUAUAAUGGACAGAAUACAAGUAUCACCUCAUGGUCUAAAACCUCCUCACGAGUCAGGUGUUAAAAAGAUAGCAACCAAAGCAAAGUGCUUUGGGAAUUCUGUGUUCCAUUGUGCUUGCUGAGUAAAAUUGUUCAUUGUAUCUCUUCUUGUUUCCUUGAGUCUUCCCCACCAAAGAGGGAAUGUCAAGGGACCUCUUUGAGCUAAUAGAAAAUCCUGUUUUACCAACAAAGUGCAAUCAUACCCACAUGAUAGUAGUUUUAGUUGAGUUAUGAUGGCAUCCCAAGGCUUUGUAUACUAUUAAGACGCUGCUUCUUGUAAUUGCAAAUGUCAAAAUGACAAGUAAUUUAAGCUCAUAAGUUUUGGAACAAAA